AUGGCUGUGAUAAUCUUCGAUCUCCUCAUUCUGGGUGCUGGCUGGACAUCUACCUUCCUCAUUCCUCUAUGCAAAGAACGCGGCAUCUCCUAUGCAGCCACUUCCCGUAGCGGCCGAGACGACACCAUUGCGUUCGAGUUUGACCCGCAUUCCACUAACCCAGCGCCUUUCCAGGCCUUGCCGAACGCGAAAACCGUGCUCAUCACAUUUCCCAUCAAGGUCCCGGGAGCGUCAGAACGGUUGGUCGAGCUGUACCAACAGACACACGCAGAGGGGCCAAGUGCUGCUUUCAUCCAGCUUGGUUCCACCGGGAUUUGGGACGGUGGGCCGACGCUGCAAGACGGCAGUCAUACAUGGGCAGACCGUCACUCGAAGUUCGACGAAUCAAAUGACCGUGCGCGGGCCGAGACGGAGCUCCUCGCGCUAGCUCCGAAAGUCCCCACCACGGUGCUCGAUCUCUGUGGGCUCUGGGGUGGUCCAAGAAACUUGAAGAACUGGAUCCCGCGCGUUGCACCUUCCAAAGACGCAUUGACACAAAAGGGUAGCAUUCACAUGAUACACGGCCUGGACGUCUCGCGCGCCAUCUUGGCCGUGCACGAACAUUUCGACCGCGCAAACGGCGAGCGCUGGCUGCUCACGGACGGCCGGGUGUAUGACUGGUGGGAUCUCGCGUCCGCUUGGGGAGAGGAGGGGAAACAGGGGAAGUGGGUCAGAGAGCUCAUGGACGAACAUGGUGUCCGGGCCCUACCAAGGACGCCCGAGCGCAUCGGCCGGGCGAUGGACAGCAGGGACUUCUGGAACACGUUCGAGCUCGAGCCGGUCAAGGGACGGCUUGGUGAACAUCCUUGA